AGCCGCGCAGAAUCGCCGUCUUAUACCUAGACGUAUACAACGCAUACCGCUCAAUAACCAGAGUCAGCUGUAUUUAUGUCGCAUACACAUGCAGGAUCGACGAGCUACACUCAUAAAUCGUAGUUUACAUGUAGAUCAUGGCUCUCAAAAGUAAUUUUAGAGGUCCAUCACGUCCCUCAACUUCAGCCAUGGGAUCGUCUGAACCAGCGGACUGCACUGUCAAACUUAAAAGUAAUUCAACAAGAAAGUACAGCAUCAUGCAGUUCAACCGAGGAGACAAUGUGGACUUGUCCAAAUGGAAACAGGCCAAGAUGGAACGGGAGAACAACCUGAAGGAGUUCAAGAUGCUGAAUCCGGACAUGCCGACGUCCGGAGCCGGCAGCGAGUUUGGCCGGGAGAGGCGGGAGGAAGCAAGACGGAAGAAAUACGGCAUCCGGGCCAAGAAGUACAAAGAGGAGGACCAGCCGUGGAUACUCAAACAGAUCGGUGCUCCGGGGAAGAAGUACAAGGGUAAGAAGGAAGGUCUAAUCAGUGAGAACUCCAGUUACUACGUCUUUAAGCAGCUAGCAGACGGAUCCUUCGAGGCCUAUCCUGUCGAGGCCUGGUACAGUUUCUCCUCCGUGGCGAAACACAAGACGCUGAACGCGGAAGAGGCGGAGGAAGAAUUUGGGAGGAGGGACCGGACGUUCAAUUUCUUCUCCUUGAUGGUCAAGAAGCGAUUGAAGGAGAGCGUGGGGGAGACACUGAGCAAGGAAGACGAGGAAGAGAUGAAAGCGAAGGCCAAGACUUCCAAGCGGACCGCUGGUCUGAGAAUUACCGAGGAUGAUGAUUAUCAGGACCUGAUGACAUCGGAAGAGAGUGAUGCAUACAUGAGCGACGAGGAUGACGAUGCAGCCAAAUCAAAGGCCAAGACAAAGGGCGGGCAGAAACCUAGGAAGAGGAAGAAAAAGAAGCAGGAAUCCGACGACGAAGGUGAAGAGGAGAGUGACGAAGGAGACUUUGAAGGCAGGGAACUAGACUACAUCUCUGAAGAUUCCAGCGAUGACGAGGAGGAGCAAAAGAAGAUAGACAUCAAGGGGCUCGACGAGGAGCUACAGAAGAUUGAAGAUGAGGAAGAAGAAGAAGAGGAAGAGAAAGAGAAAGAGAAAGAAGGGGAGGCAAAAGAUCAGGUGGACGGGAAGGAAGAAUCAGCCAAAAAGGAAGAUGCCUCCAGUAGUUCAAGUGGCUCCGACUCGGAUGACAGCGACAUUGACGACACCAAAAUCCAGUCAGCCUUGUUGAUGCAAAAGAAGCCCAGUAAGCGGCCGGCCACCCCUCCCAGCCAGAAGAUGCCGCCAAAGAGUGGUAGCAGGAAUACCAGCAGGCCAGAGACACCCACCCAGAACCCCAACGCUAACAGCCCGACCACGGCAUGCACGCUGUCUGACGCUGCAACCAAGCUGCAGCAAGAGAGAGUGUCGUUGAAAAGGCCGGGUACCGAGGAAGGGUCUUCAUCAAAGAGAGUCAAGACAGAAGGAGAUCAGUCAAGAGGCAGGACACCGGGGAAGGAGGCCGUGGGGCUGACGGAGGACAUCGUAAGGCGCUACCUGAUGAGGAAACCCAUGACAACCAAAGAUUUACUCUACAAACUCAAAUCCAAGAAGAUCGGUCUGCAGCCGGACGUCAUGGUCAAACGACUGGCGGAAAUCCUGAGAAAACUGGACCCAAAACAGACCAAGAUAAAGGACAAGACUUAUUGGUCCUUAAAGGAAUGAAAUAUUUGUAUUUUUUUAUAGACUUUUCCAAUGUUCUUCUUAAGGACAAUCCUUAGACUGCGCAUUUGUUAUUAGGGGAAAAUACCUGGUAACCUGACGUUUACCUUGAGGUUUUACUGGAUACCUCAGGGUUCGACCUUGAAGACUUUUCCAAUGUACUACUUUUGGACAAUCCUUUGACUGUUUCUUUUAUUAAGGGUAUAAUGCAAAAUUGAACAGGAGGUAAGUUGAGGUUCACCUCAAUGUGUACCUCGAGGUUUACCUCAAAGUUUACCUCGAAGUUUACCUUGAGGUUUACCUCAAAGUUUACCUUAAAGUUUACCUCUAGGUUUACCUCAAAAUUUACAUCAAGUUAUACCUGGAGGUUUACCUCAACCUCUAGGUAAACCUCCAGGUUUGACCUCAAGUUACUGCUUUCUUAAUGUUACAUUCUCCCCUAACCUCAAUAAUAUCCCAGUUAUUAAUUAUUGCCAAAUGACACACAUUUAAAAAAAACAGCACAUUUAAAGAUUUUUAAAUCCAAAAAUGCAAACAGUAUUUUUGCUAGAGGUCAGUUGUUUUUUUUCCUUAAAUUGUUUGUGGUUCGUUUCCAAAAACAUUUCCUCCUCUUUUAAAUAAAGUGAAAGGAGUACAUGAAUCACAAGAUUUAAGCAUGUAAAUAAAACUUUCAUGGACAAAAAAGCUCAUGAAUUAUUGUGUGUUAA